AUGGCCACUAGAACUCAGUUUGAAAACUCGAACGAGGUAGGUGUGUUUGCAAAACUCACCAACUCGUAUGCUCUUGUAGCCGUCGGAGGCUCAGAAAACUUCUACUCUGCUUUUGAAGCCGAACUUGGAGAUGUCAUCCCUAUCGUUCACACCACCAUUGCUGGUACUCGUAUAGUUGGACGUAUGACCGCUGGAAACCGAAGAGGAUUGUUGGUGCCCACCCAGACCACAGACCAAGAGUUGAUGCACUUGCGUAACUCGCUCCCAGAUAGCGUAAAGAUUCAAAGAGUUGAGGAAAGAUUAUCAGCAUUAGGAAAUGUGAUUUGUUGUAACGAUUAUGUUGCAUUGGUGCACCCAGAUAUCGAAAGAGAGACCGAGGAGCUCAUUGCCGAUGUGCUUGGUGUCGAAGUGUUUCGUCAAACCAUUGCUGGAAAUGUGUUGGUUGGAUCAUACUGUGCACUUUCCAACCAAGGUGGUAUAGUACAUCCUCAAACCUCGAUUCAAGAUCAAGAGGAAUUGUCAUCUUUGUUACAGGUGCCUUUGGUGGCAGGAACUGUCAACCGAGGAUCCUCGGUGGUAGGAGCUGGAAUGGUGGUGAACGACUGGUUGUCGGUAGCAGGUUUGGAUACGACUGCGCCAGAAUUAUCUGUGAUUGAGUCUAUAUUCAGACUUCAAGAUGCUCAACCUGAUUCUAUUUCGGGCAACUUGAGAGAUACCUUGAUCGAGACAUACUCGUGA